AAAAUGUCUGACUCCAAGCCUGAACGAAAAGUUAGCCUGAAGAAACCAAAAGCCAAUUCUAUUGAUUGGUCCACACAUAUCUCACACAUGGUCAGUAAGACAGAGAAGAAUCUUGAAGGCCUCAAUAAUGGUUCUGUUCCUGUUUUAGAAAAUAUGAAGGCCUCAAAACCAGGGUAUGUCAAAAGGAUGAACAAAGUUAGCUUAAAAUUUGCUCCAAAAUCUCCUGAUCCUUUUGACACAAGCAAACUCAAAGCUAGGAUCCAUUCUCCAAGUACUGCUGCUCCUUUCUUUGAUGAUUUUGAUAACAUUGAAUCAUCCUAUCAAAAGUAUGAGACUUUGCAGAACUAUGACCUCGACUGAGAAAGAUCCAACAAAGGUAGAUCUCUGAAUGAGGGAUAUAAAUCCCCAGUUCCUUCUUAUCCAAGAAUGUUUUCUCCCACAAGACCUCAGUCUUAUGGAGGCCGAGAUAGAACUACUCCUGAUAAUGAGAAAAUAAAGUGGGAAUUCAAUCUAAAGAUUGAUGAAAAUAUCAAUAAAAUGAGAUUAUCCAUGGAAGAUGUUAUUACAAAGCAGCUUAGAGGGAUAGAACAAGAUUUCAACAACAGAAUGGAGUACGAAUUUGACAGAGCCAAGAAAGAUGUUGAAAUGCAACUUCAAAGAAAAUUUGAAAGCCUUCAACAUCACCAACAAUUGAAACAGCAGGAUAUGCUCAGCUCUGCUAAUGAGCUAGUGUCAAUGCUAGAUCAGAAAAUAAGUAGCAAUGGAGUAUUUAGUCAGAAGAUGCAAGCUUUCACAACACAUUUAAGUGAGAAGAUGGACUUACUAGAACAUGAUGGGAUCAACCGUAUUAGAAAGCUCCACAAUGAUUUUUCAACAGAAAUUGAUACUGUAAAGACAAGCCAUGAGGCAAACAUGGAUGCCAGAUUUAGCCUUAUCCAGGAAGAACUUAAGAAAAAUAAUCUUUCUCUUUUAGAAAAGGUAAAUCAUAUGGAAAAGGAUAACCAGAAUAUGCUGAUCAAAAUCAAUGAGCAUAACGAAGACAUGUGUAGCAUCAAACAGAAAUGACUUUCAAGUGUCAAGAAACUACUAUCAAAAUCAGAUACAGGAAACUUAGUCACCAAAACAGAAAUGAGAGAAUUCUUCGAUGCCCAGAUCAGAGACUCAGUCAAACAAUAUGCUUACACAUCAAGGGUGGAUAGUAUUGAAGAUAGGCUUGAAAUUUUAAGGAAAGAUGUUAGCAGAGACUACGAUUACUUCUAUACUAAAAGACUAAGAGAGAUAGAAGAAAAUGUGCAUAAAUAAACUUCUAGAAUUCCCUGAUAUAAUACAAAAGAUAAAGAAAAGUUUCCUUGGUCUCAAACAGCAAGUUAAAGAACUAAAGAAAGUAGAAGAAAGUCAUACUGAACUUGAGAAGAAAUUUGAGAUAUCAAAUAAAAAGAUAUCCCAAGAUACGACCCAAAUUAAGCAGGAUACAGAGAAACUUCAAUUAAUAUGACAAAAUUUGAUGUCAAAAGCGUCUGACAUUCAGCCAUAUCUGACAGUGAUCCAUUCCUUGCAUUCUAACAUGAAGGAUAUGCCUAAGAUAAAAGCUUUGAUUCCAAGGGUUAAUAAGUUAUCCAAGAAAUUACAAACCUCUAUCUCCACUCUCACUGCCCAACUCCACUCCCUCCAGUCCCUCUCCCCUCCUAACCCUCCUCCCCUCGCCACUCCUACCUCCCCCUCCAUCCCCAACCCUAUCUUCACUAAAUCCCCUAAAAUCCCCAACCCUCCCACUCACACUCCUCACCAGGUGCUGCGGGAGGAGACUGGGAAGAAACAGAAAAUGGGAAGGAAGGCAGUAGAGGAGAGAGAAGAGGAACAGAAGAGGGGUAUAGAGGAAGGAAAGGCUGAACGUAGAUGAGGAGAUAUGUUAAAGUGAUGACUAGGAGAAGGAUGGCAAAGCGAGGUUGAGGAAGAUGAGGUGACUGAAGAGGAGAGGAAGGAGAGAAAGAGUGAUGUAAAGAAGAAGAUGAAGGUGGUGAAGAAGGGGAAUAUUAAGAAAAGGAAUAAUAGAUAUGGAGAAGUAAAGAAAAAACGUAUAGAGAUAAAGAAGAGGAUUAAAGAAGAAGAGGGAAUAGAGUCUAAAGGGAAAGAACUAGUAAUGGCACUUCUUGAUCAAGAAAUGAACGACUCUAUCACCAAAUUUAUUCAAAUUAAAGGAACCAGGCUUGAUGACACCAGAGUCCUUGAUUCAACAUCUUCAGUUGCUCUAUCCCAACUUUUGUCGAACAGAUCUUAUUUCUAAAUUUCAACAAC